ACGAAAAUUCCACAAACCAGAAAUCGAAAUCGAGAAUCGAGAGCAUAAUCAACCAUCGUUCUAGAAAGUGAAACAGAAGAAGAACCAGAGAGAGAAUCACCAAGGAAGCUAAAAAUGACGGAAGCUAUGAUAAGGAAGAAGCCAGGAAUGGCCAGCGUGAAGGACAUGCCGGUUCUUCAGGACGGUCCACCUCCCGGCGGUUUCGCUCCAGUCCGGUUCGCUCGUCGAAUCCCUAACACUGGUCCGAGUGCCAUUGCGAUUUUUCUCACCACGUUUGGUGCUUUCUCGUGGGGGAUGUACCAGGUUGGACAGGGGAACAAGAUCCGAAGGGCACUAAAAGAAGAGAAAUAUGCUGCUCGUCGAGCAAUACUGCCUGUGCUACAGGCUGAAGAGGAUGAGAGAUUUGUUAAAGAGUGGCAUAAGUAUCUUGAGUACGAGGCUGAUGUCAUGAAGGAUGUCCCUGGUUGGAAGGUUGGUGCAAGUGUCUAUAAUUCUGGAAGAUGGGUUCCCCCAGCAAGUGGUGAGUUGCGUCCUGAUGUCUGGUGAUGUUAUUUUAGCCAUCACUAUCAAGAAUUGGUCUGCUUCCUGCAUAUGUUACAUUGUGAUACUUUCGUCCAGCAUCUCUGAAAUAAAGUUGUAUCUGAACAUUUGAAAUUGUGUUGUCGAUUUCUUAAUCAGGAAUGUUUUUUUUUCUUCAAUUUUUUAUAUUUCAUGUCGGCUAUCACUCCUCUCAUGUAAAUCAAGGUGAAUGCACAUCAUUGGCAUAAUAGAACUUUGAAUUUCUAAUGCCUUUUCACUCCCUGGGGGUAAAAGGUUAAUUCCAGCCA